AUGACCUUGACCAGUAGGAAAGGGGAGAGAGGACUGGGCCGCAGCGCCGCAGUCCCGGCCCCUUUAAGGCCGAGUCCCGCCCCCUUGCUCCCGCCCCCUCCCUUCCCCCAGCCCACUCCGGGUNCCUCGGCCGGUCGGACGGUGCGGCCCGCGACGUUGGUGGCAGAAUUCCUGCAGGACCAGAAUGCAACCCUUGUAUCCCGAGCCCCUCAGACCUUCAAGAUGGAUGACCUCCUGGCGGAGAUGCAGGAGAUUGAACAAUCAAACUUUCGCCAGGCUCCUCAGAGAGCNCCUGGUGUGGCGGACUUGGCCUUGUCUGAGAAUUGGGCCCAGGAGUUUCUUGCAGCUGGAGAUGCUGUGGAUGUAGCUCAAGAUUAUAAUGAGACCGACUGGUCCCAAGAAUUCAUCGCCGAAGUUACAGGUGAGGCCUGUGGGGAAAUCUGUUGUAGUUGUUUUGCCCAUCUCAGAGUNGAAUUUUUAAUAUUAAGACCCGAGGUUCUUCUCUAUGUAGUGCUGACAGGGCAGAAGAACGGCCUCCAUGACUGUGCUUCAAAGCUUGGCCGCGCACCCCUGGUGCUCAGGGUUGCAGGUGUCAUUACAGAUACUCAGUCUGCUCUUUGUCCCAUCAGGUGUCUGGAACUAAAGCCGGAUAACCGGACAGCACUGAUGGCGCUGGCUGUGAGCUUCACCAAUGAGUCCCUGCAACGACAGGCCUGUGAGACGUUGAGGGACUGGCUGCGCUACUCACCGGCCUACGCUCAUCUGGUGGCUCCUGGGGAAGAAGGGGCGACUGGGGCAGGCCCCAGCAAGCGCAUCUUGGGAUCUCUGCUGUCUGACUCCCUGUUUCUUGAAGUAAAAGAACUCUUCCUGGCGGCUGUGCGUCUGGACCCUACAUCCAUUGACCCUGAUGUGCAGUGUGGCCUGGGAGUCCUCUUCAACCUGAGCGGGGAGUACGACAAGGCUGUGGACUGUUUCACAGCUGCCCUCAGUGUUCGCCCCAAUGACUAUUUGCUGUGGAACAAGCUUGGGGCCACCCUGGCCAAUGGGAACCAGAGUGAAGAAGCAGUGGCUGCAUACCGCAGGGCCCUUGAACUACAGCCUGGGUAUAUUCGGUCCCGGUAUAACCUAGGCAUCAGCUGCAUCAACCUGGGAGCUCACCGUGAGGCUGUGGAACACUUUCUGGAGGCUCUGAACAUGCAGAGGAAGAGCCGGGGCCCUCGGGGUGAGGGGGGCGCCAUGUCUGAGAACAUCUGGAGUACCCUGCGGUUGGCGUUAUCCAUGUUAGGCCAGAGUGAUGCCUAUGGGGCGGCCGAUGCUCGGGAUCUGUCUGCCCUCCUAGCUAUGUUUGGCCUGCNCCAGUGACAGUGGGAUGGGCUGCCCUGUGAGUGUCUGCUUGGAGGGGUCCGCGCUCUGGGUGUGACUCCCUCUCCUCAAACGGGCCUACCAAGGGGGUGGGCUGAUGACCACAAGCGGUACGACCUCUCAGGAGCUGCCUCAGAGUAGGGGUGCAUAGCUGUGUCUUAGGUCCUACUUAAUUGUAGGGAUGAGCUGUCUCUGCCCCUUGGUAAUUCAAGGGCUGUAUACCCAGCUACAGAUCUCUUUCUGUUCAUCAUGCCCGUUCUUGGUGCUGCUUUUUGGGUAGGACCCAAUGACAUAGGGGAAUUGUCAUCAGCUGCCAUUUCUGAUAGGGUCUGCCACAUUUGUAAGUCUCUCCUUGCCCCACUCUUCCUGGGAAUUGGUAACAGUCCNGCUUCCUUGGGCAGUUGUGUGUAAGAGGCUCCCCUGAGCAUCUGUGCGAUGCCAGCUGGGAUGGAUGUUAGGAGCUGCCCUGCUCACUGAAAUGGUGAUGUGGCUCCCUAGAGCCGAACUUGGGACAAGUGCUCACAGCUCUGUCACUCCUGGGAGCGAGCUUGGAUCUUGUGGGUGCACACUGAAGCAGCAGAUGCUCAUGUGGUUACUGUACUGUCCUCAGGGCCAGGGCUUGUCACUGCAGGUGGCAUGGCCUAUGAGGGAGGGAGGUUCAUUUGUGGAAUGAGCCCAGAGAUGGGACAGUAGUGAUAGGGUCAGCACUGCAGUCCUCUCNUCUUGGGAGACUUGGAAGUAGGAACUAAACAACCUCUUGUAGCAACCUGGUUCACAAAUUGCAUUCUUGCCAAAUUCCCAACCAAGGGAGGGUUCAGUGUUACCAUAAGCCUUCUUGAAACCGUUAUAGGGGAUAUCAUUGAAAAUCCCUUCCCCUCGAUUACCUCCACAAGGUGAAGAUGAAGGGAUUCUGACGGAGCAGCUGGAGACUUCUCCACUGUUUCUGUGUGGGGAGAUGCACAGACCCCCAUAAAUGACUGCUAAGCCUCUUACCUUGUCUAAUGAUCAGAUUUUUUUUUUUUUAAACUGCCAUGGUCCCAAAAUUCCAUCCUGAAAUUUAUUUUUCUUUGUAUGCAUAUGUGUAAAUGAUUUAAAAAUAAAACUGUAAAAUAUUUGUAUGAAUAAACUGGACUGACAUGAGUA